UGAACGAGUACAAAGUUAUCAAACUGCUUCUGAAACUGUUGACACUGUGUUAAAUGUUAGAAAGAAUAUUUAUUUAACAAAUUAUAAAGUCAAAGAUGUGGAUAUCGAAUUCUUACGUAAAGAUACUCAUCUUUUAAUAGAAGAUAUUGAAUCAACAUACAAUAAAAUACAUGAUGAUAUUCUUACUUUACAAAAAGAAAUAGAAUAUUUAGAAAGUUUUUAUUUAAAACAGGAGUUUGGAGAGGACUGUAUUGUUAAUGGUGGUGUCUGUUGUAUUGAUGGGGUCCGUGUAGAUGCUUCUCAUCAAGAUCUUUGUCAGUUUCAAAAUAGAGCUAAAU